CGGGAAUAUUAAUGGCAUCGGGUUGGUCCUCCUGCUCGUAUACGCUUUCGGCAUGGGCUUAGGCGGGCGACUCUCGGAGUGGGGCGCUGGCGCCUUCAACUGGAACCGGGCGUACUCGUUUUCGUAUAGAUACCAGAACUAUCGUGUUCGUACCCUGCUCUGACGCCACAGUAGGGAUCGGGCCACGGUGUGUCCACGACGCUGUGAUACCGCCUCGUCAUCGAUUAUCUCACAACGACCUAUAAAAGCCUUAAUGAUGUUGAGACGGUGGUCGUAUGUCACACAGUUGAGUACUACGGAGAAGAGAACAUGUUGUCAGACAAAACCUUGAAGGCCAUUGGUGCUGCAACACUCAUCGCGCUUCUCGCCGCUCCCAAGGGAACCGACGCGUUCGCCAGCACCGGAACCACCCCACUGAGGGAGGAAGCAGACAAGAAGGACAUUCUCAUCGGGUCCGGGGCAAUCAAUCCGACCUACCUCAAUGAUCCUCAGUUCGCGGCCGUCCUUGCUGAGCAGUUCGACAGCCUCUCUCCCGAAAAUGAGAUGAAGUGGUCGUUUCUUAACCCGACCAAAGGGCACUACAACUGGGACACGCUCGACCGCCUCGUUGACUUCGCGGAAGACAACGACAUGGCAGUCAAGGGACACGGGCUCAUCUCGAGUUGCUGUAACCCCGACUACCUGCUCAACAUCACCGACCCCACAGCGUUUCGUGCUGCGAUGACGGCUCACUUCGAGGCAGUCAUGCACCGGUACGACGGCAAAAUGGGUCGGUGGGACGUCGUCACCGAAGCCCUCCAAACGAAGGGCGGCGGCCUGAACGCCAAAAACGACUUCUACAAAGUACUCGGUCCCGGCUACAUCGAAGAUGCCUUCCGCAUCGCCCGGGCAGCAAACCCUGACACCAAGCUGUUCAUCAACGAGAAUCUCGUCGAGUCACUCCCCGGCAAGCGUCAGGAACUCUUCGACCUGGUCUCCGGACUCGUGGCAGACGGCGUCCCGAUCGACGGAGUCGCCCUGCAGAUGCACAUCACCGAAGUAGCCCCGAUACCGGGCGUGAUCACGGACAUGGUCGACUCCUACAAGGCGCUCGGACUGGAAACGGCGAUCGCUGAAAUGGAUGUCCACACGCUCAACGCCACGCUCCAGGCUGAUAUUUACGGCGCCGUCGUCGGCGAGGCUCUAAAUGCAGGAAUCACCGACAUUAGCUUCUGGGGCUUCACGGAUAAGCACGCCUACACCUGGCUGCCGGGCGCGAAGCCAUUGAUGUUCGACGGGAACUACACCGCCAAGGGUGCGUUAUACACCACUCACACUGCCCUAACGAACUUCGUCAACGCUCCCUAGGGAGCUCGAGCACCAUCGAGCCAUCAGAGAUUGCACUUUGCGCGAUUGCGGUCACAGCCCUAAGAGUUUGACCGUAUAUAUAUAAAGAAAAAUAAUGUCGGCAAAAGAGGGUCGCGAUCUUACUAGCGCGUCCGAGGAAUAUUUAACACUUCCGAAUGUCUGGUUUCUUCUAUAUUCGUAAGGCUCUUCUUGACAGCCUUAUUAAGCUCGACCCCUAGUUAUCUAUUUUGUGUUUUAUUUUUAGUUAUUUAAUCAAGUUUAUUGUCUAUAUCAAGCCCUAAAGCUACGACAGACCAUAUUCCAUAAACC